GAGUUGAGCGCUCGGCGUCGGUUCGGGCGAGUCGCUCGGAAGACGGCGAAGCGGUAGCAUCGGCCUGCUCUCGGAGAGCGUACCUGCCAAUCCAUCGCGUUGCCACCCUGAACGUCUGGAAAGGGAAGUCGGCCUUCGACAUGGCUAUCCUGCGAUCGUGCUGCUUGCUUUUUCUCCGUCCGCAAGGGAAGCUUCGUGUGCGGAGUCUACACUUUGAUUUUCUACACGAUGCUUGUGGUCACUGGAAUAUUCCACGCUAACUCCGUGCUUCACACGCCUGUUGGCUUUACGUUGGUCCUGCUGCUACUAAUUUUUUCGGGCCUCUGCGUCAUUUUCUCCGUGGUUCUACUUUUGGGACUGUUUCUCGACAACCGUCUUUUGCUGAUUCCGUGGCUUACCGUUGUGUCUAUGACAACGCUGCUUGACGUAGCCCUGUCGCUGUACUUCGUCACAGACUUGCGGGUUAAUCCCUUCGUAAUCGCCAUGUACGUCGUCGACUACACGCUGUGUUCCAUCAAUAUAUACGCCAUACUGUGCGUGCUUUCUCAAUACCAGGAGUACGCCGUGGGACGCAGGGCCAUGGGACAAAAGAGUCGCGCAGCUCUUCCUGUGCUCUCCGGCUACAGCAGUCGUGGGGACCGCUCGAAGUUGAGCAGCGUGGCUACUUGGCCGAGUCGCAUGCAGCCACAGUCGAAGCAGAUCAGUCAGACUUCGACCAGCAUGGUGACCCAAUCAACCGUGCCCAAUGGCGACACAGCGGCUGGUGCCGGAAGCAAGCUGUCUCCGCAUCGGGGCCUUCUUGAAGCGACGAGUGCUUUCGCGGCCGGUCCCGAGGAGUUAUCGAGCGGCCUUCACAUCUCCACGGCCGAAACGUCGCUGCAGCCGUCAGGCGACGACACCGACCUUCAAGAGAACUCCUGCGUCCUGGACGUAAGCAAGGCGGAAGACGAUGGAAACACGGAGAGCAGGGCGUUUAUUGCUGACGCAAGAAGUGCGCGCGGUGCCGUGGCCAACCGCGACUCGAACCACGCACUGGUUGUCCCCGUGCCCGAAACGCGACCACUCCUGGAAGUAACCAGCGCCACCUACACCGCAGGAAGUGACGAUGGUCAGGACAAUCACGUGUAGCCGAGGCGAACGACAUCGCCGGGGCUCCAAGCAACAGCUGAGAUGGGCUGAGCCCAGCCGUCUUUGUCCUGUAUAGAGACGUCCGUGCAUCCUAGGAAUUUCAUAUCGUCCCACUAGUCGGCAUCAAA